UUUUAGGUCAUUUAUUAAAGGAUUUUGUUAGCUCGGAUGAUAUGUUGGAACAGUUAAAAUAAGGAAGAAAGUCGCGUCUUGUUUUGAGAAGAAUUAACAUUAUCGGUCAUUUCUACACGUGUCGUUAUAGGACACAGUUUCAUCAAACUGCAACGACAGCUUUAAAAGGCAAAAGGGAAUAAAAUAUACAAACAAUGACAAGUUGCGCAGACCUCCGCUCCAUCUUUGAUUUGUGCACAAAUGAAGAAGCUUUUAAGCUGAGGGAGGUAAACCCUGUCCUGAAGGAGGCUGAUCCAUCCACAGACUGUGUGAAAGUCAGAGGUCCAGAUGAAGACAAGAAGAGAGAGGUGUCAGACACAAUGGUCUGCUCAGCCUGCAAAUGUUCCUUCAUUAACCGAGAGGAACAGAGGGAGCACUACAAGCUUGACUGGCAUCGGUUUAAUUUGAGACAGAAGAUGGCAGGAUGGCCUCCCGCCACAGCAGAGGAGUUUGAGAGGAAGACCAGAGCUGGAGACCUGUCGAGUAUCUCAGGCUCCGAGUCUGACUCAGAUGAGGAGGACGUAGACGGUGACAGCAGAGAAACAGGGACUACCAUCAAUGGAACAGACGACGAGAGUUCAGCUGAGCCUUAUUUAACUGGUCGGCUCUCCAGUAAGGUGGUGUUUCAGAAUUCUGCAGGAGAAUAUCUGUCGGUGUAUCGCUGCAUGCUCAUGGGAAAGUCAGAUUCUGAUGAGCAUGAUGCAGUUUCCUCUCUGAAGUCUAUAAAUCAGAAAACUGUCUGCGUCAUUCUCAUGACAGGCGGGGGACACUUUGCUGGAGCCGUCUUUGAAGGAAAACAAGUUCUCCAUCACAAGACUAUCCAUCGAUACACGGUGCGAGCCAAGAGAGGCACUGCCCAAGGACUGCGAGAUUCCCAGAACCGCAGCCACAUGGCGAAAUCCGCAGGAGCGACUCUGAGGAGAUACAACGAGGCAGCGCUCGUUAAGGACAUUCAGGAUCUUCUAGUAACCUGGACUGAACAUUUGAACGGGGCCUCUGCCGUGUUUGUACGAGCUCCCAGCUACAACAAGACCAUCUUCUUCGGAGGCCGUGGGAGUCCCCUCCAAAAGAAUGACCCCCGGAUCCGUUCGCUGCCCUUCGCCACGCGCAGGGCGACAUUUCGGGAAGUGCAAAGGGUGCAUGAGGUCCUCUCUACUGUCCAGGUGUAUGGGAAAGACGUGGACAUGUCUGCUGUUCUUAGUCCGUCUAAGAAGGCAUGGAAAAACACGGCCAAACCUGCUGCACAGAAAAUCCCAGGUACAGAAAAAGAUAUAUUGCUGGCAUCAGGGGAAGAACAUGAGGAAAGCUCAGAUGAAGAGGGAGAGGAGAUCCAGCUGGAGAUGGUGGAGCUCACGAUAGGAACCCUGGACCUCCGAGAGUCUGAAAUUUAUCCCUCCAGGCGGAGGAAGAAGAGAAAGAAAAAGAAGGUGCAGGCCAAAGUGCAGAGUCAAGCAGAAACGGGAAGAAUGAAUGUAGAAGAAAGGGUGCCUGAGGCUACACAUGCAGAAGACGAGGACGAGGUCCCUCAACAAGAACAAUCUGUAAAAACAAGUAAGAAACCAGCCAGUAAAGAAGAACUAGAUGAAGCUGAUGAUGAGUCAGUUGAUUAUGGCCUCAGGGAUGCUCUGUUUACUGCAUGCAAAGUUGGAGAUGUAGGUGUUCUCUGCAGUCUCCUUCAGCUACCUCAGGAAAUGGUGGACCAUCCUGAAAAGAUGGAGGGAAACUCCUCCAGGGUCCCUUUAAGCCUCCUGAAUGAACCCAUCGACUCCUCAGGGUUCACUUUGCUGCAUGUCGCUGCAGCUGCUGCACAGAAGGCUGUCGUCAGGCUGCUCCUAGAGGCAGGAGCAGAUCCUGCAUGCAGGGACAACAAAUGCCAGACGCCAUAUAUAGUUGCCCCUGACAAAGACACAAGGAACGUCUUCCGUAAAUACAUGGGUGAAAAACCUGAUAAGUAUGACUACAGCAAGGCACAGAUCCCUGGGCCACUAACAGCAGCGACUGAAUCCAAAAUGGUGGAGAAGAAAAAGGCCCAAAGAGCUCAGAGAAAACAGCGAGAGAAAGAACAGAAGGAGGAAAAGAGGAAACAGGAGUUUGAGGCAGAGGAGAAGAAAAGGUUUGCAUCUCUGACAGAUCGGGAAAAGAGAGCUCUGGCAGCAGAGAAAAGGUUGGCAGAACAAGCGGCCGCAUCAGGAGUCAGCCUCUCUAGUGUCCAGAGGUGCUGGUCAUGUGGGGAAUCUCUGCUCGGGAAGAUCCCGUUUAACUACCUGGAGUAUUCAUUCUGCACGCCACGAUGUGUUCAAGCACAUCGGAAAAAAAACGCUCCUCCAAGCAAGUCCUAGCACAUGAACCUAGGUGGUGGGAGGCUGAAAGUAUGUGACUGUGGCUGCUCAGGUUGCUUUUUCACCUUUUUUAUUUUUAGUAAAGGAAAAAAAGUCAAAUUUGUAAAAGGAUUUAAGAUAGUUGGAUAAACUCACUUUAAAAACUGUAAUGAAAUUAUUAUACAGAAUAUUUACAGAAUGUGUUGUGGCAAAGAAUCUUAUAAUACUGUAAUAUUCAGGUGACAUGAUAAUAAAGCUGAUUGAAGAACCAGA